AUGAAUCAACCUAAUAAAUAAACAAAUUAGUAACAGCCUCAUUAGGGAAGUGCAAAAAGGUAGUCUGCUCUAUAAUAGAAAAAAUGUAUCAAUUAAUAGUAAGAAUUAGGAUUAGGUUAGAUAUAUUUAAUAUUAUUAGAUUAAAUAUUUGAUAAAAUCAUGACAAUGUAUAUUUUGAUUAAUGAUAAAUGGAGAGAAUUUUAAAGAAAGUUCCAUGUACUUAAAAUGGUAAAAUAUCUAUUCAAGUUUUAAAAAAAAGAAUAUAGUAAGGGAUAUUAAAAUAGUACAAUAUAAUCCAAAUGCUGAUAUAUUCCUUAUAAAUACAGUAUUUUGAAGAAAACAAGAAGUUAGUGUAAAGGAUAUUUAUGAAUUAUGGAAUGGGGAAUCAAUUACAGAUAAUGAUAGUUGUAUGAAUGUAUGUGAUUAAAAUGAAAUUCUUGAUUUAAC